AUGGUGGCACCUGCUCUGAUGUCCAGUUCCAGCGCAGUGGGUUCGAUGUCGGCCGCCGCUGGAGCAGUAGUGGCCAAGCUUUUAUGCGCAGACAGCGAUGUGCAGGCGCAUGGUCAACGCCUGGAGGAGGUGAAGAGGCAAGCGACGCAAAGUAGUCCCGCAGCAAUUGAUCCAGUUGUAGCCGUCCGCCAUAUGCUUGAGACGGUGGACUGGGGAUUAGCAAACGAGGGGAGGUUUCGGCUGCAUCGUGCAAGUGACUUUCUCAAGGAGUGUCUCACAUUGAGGUGGAAAGAGGAGUCAGAGGCACAAGUUCUAAAUGGCUCUAUCGAGAAAGAGUAUGAAAGACACUUGCAUAAAGUGCGGCAUCUGUGCAUUGCCCCCAGCAGCAAGAAGGCUCCAGUGCUCCGUCCAAAGGUGUAUUCUGCGCACUCUGUUGAGCAGCCAACAGAAAAAGACGGGAGUCAGAGACUGUUCGAUCCACAGCACGGCACCGUGCGCGACAAGCUUGGUCUAUGCGCUGCUCUAGCUUACGUCGUCUAUGAGUUCUUGCAAUUGCGGCAUGCAGCAUGUGGCAGCUUGCAAGACUCCCCCCGCAGGUCCCUCAGACUUGCACUUACGGCACUAUCGCAGCACGAUGCGCUGGCCAAAGGCAAAGAAGGAGAGUCAACAGCAUCGCUUGGCGGAACGCAGAAGGGACACAGCUGGUGGCAGAAGGCUGCUUGUGCUGAGACGGAUUUUCGCAGCGCAGCCAUAACAUUGAUCUGCAUUCUUGAUGCUGCGCUCAGCUGGAGUCCUCUGGAUGUGUUCGGGUGGACAGGGAAGCCCGAGGAUGUGGAAUCAGCCUUGCUGGCUCGUCAAAGAGAUGCAUGCAGUUUUUCAUUCUUCGCCGAGAAGCUGCGCACCUGUCUUAAGACUGCUUGCUCCGACUCUCUGAAAGCGACGUCUCGGAUUGACUUUCACUUCGCAGCUAUGCGUCGGCGAGACCUACCAAAGGAGUGGACCACAGCAUGGGUCCGAAAUGAUGCUGGCCCAAUGAUUGUUCGAAACAGGACACAGGUGCCUUUGCGCAUCGAGCUUCGGCAAGCGAAUCAAGCUGAGGACCACAAAGCUGGGUCAAUAGCUGGGAUGCUUCUUGACAUGUUUCAGCCGGUAUCUGACCAGCCAGUUCUAGCAGCUCACGUUGAGCCCGGAAUUGAGUGGGCGUUCCGCCCAAAGAAAGAGGCAGGAAGGGAGUUUCAGCUUCACAUGCUGACGACCUCAGGCGUGCAGGUGUGUUCCCGUCGGCUUGCGCGAGGUGAGUCAUUUGAUUUCCAUGUUGAGGUUCCAGCAAAGCCUGCGCAACUUCGGACCUGGAUGAGGGCCAAGAAGGAUGUUGAGUUUGAGCUGGAGCAGCUGGUGGCCUCGAGACGACUUAGAGAUGCAGAGUGUAUGGUGGACACAAAGAUGAGUCUUCACGAGGUCUUGAAGGAUUUGACCCUGUGGUUGACUUUCGAGAUGUAUUUAAAGCAGCCACUUUCCACUCAGUGGCUUGGAGAUGCGAGCGAUGUGCUUGAAGCAGCCAAGGCGAGUGAGCAUGCUACAAUAGCAGGGACAGCAUUGGCCCGGUUCCUGAACAAAGAGUGGGAGCAGCAUCCACCGCCGAAUGGCCGGCUGGACUGGCCCAAAGAGGAAGAUGGUAUCCAGCUGCAGAUCACGACCAACAAUUAUGUUUGCGAUGAGGAGGCAAGGAUCACACCCUGGGAGGGCAUCCAGCUCGACAAGGAGAACCAGCCUCCUCGCCCCGAUGUGAUUCCAAUCACAUUUGGCCGAUUUGACGUUCAGGAUGCAGAUGUCAUCGACGUCUUCAAUGCCCUGGCCGACACGAAGGGUGAGGCUGAAUGGGAUGACCUUUUGAUGAAUGGCCCUGGCGUCACGUACUUGGGGGACUUCCCGCAGGAGUUUGCCCGAGCAGCUGCUGUCAGUUUUGUGGCGCGUCCAUUUCCAGACAGACAAGUUUACCAGUGGAUGGUCUACAACUCGUCCAAGAGCUUUGAUGACAUGAUGGUGGUCUACUCGACACGAAGAAAUGCCGAGCUGUACAAGCGUGGUGUCGAACCAGAAGGCUGGCCAGCUGUGCAGGCCCAGAACUGCCUCGGGGCCUACCACGUGGUUGCUUUGCCACAGGGUGGCUGUCAUGUUGUCUUUACGACCAUGGUGAACUCACACCCUCCGUGGCCGAUCACUGCACAGUUUGUCUUCAACAUUGCCUGGACAAAAACAGCGGAGUACAUUCAGAAACUUCGAGCACGUGCACAGCUCCUAAAGCGAAGGCGUCUCGCUGCAGGCGCUCCUGUCGAGCCUGCAGUUCCGCGGUGGAUGUUGUUCGACGGCAUGCUUCCUAACAAGACUGAAUCUGGCAAUUUCUUCGUGGAGGGCGUGCCAAAAGUCAACCCUCCUUUUCAAGGACCCGAUUAUGUGGUUGACGUAAUUCAAAUAGACCUGUUGAACGACUUGCUUCGCAUUGCGAAGUCUGGCGGACUGUCCUCGACAUGGCUUUGUGCGCUUCUUGUGGUAGCCUUGGUGGCCUCAGCCGCUGCAGUUUGGCGGCGACGGAGGUUACAAGCAUGGCAGUCUCUGGCAGGUGACGAGCUGGAAAAGGGGCUCAGCCCAGCUUUUGCCGAGCAGUGUGCGGCCCUGAUUCUGAAGGCAAGCAAAACCCAUGUGGACACCAUCAAGUCACCCAGUUCGCCGAUACCGGAGUUCUACCUUGAGAUCGCGGAGAACAGUCCUCAUGGCCAACAGAAGAAAGGGCAAAUUCGUGAGAUGUCUGAUGCAGUGGCUGAGAUCCAUGCCAGUUUCUGCGCGUUUCAGGAGCAGAACCAGAUCUUUGCCCCAGCAGCCCCAGUGCCAUUGCCAGUUCUGAUUGUCACUGGAUCUCUGGGAAGUGGAAAAACGACUUUGAUGAAGCGGCUCAUGAAUCGACGGGCAAAUCUGCGAAUCGCAGCCUUAGCACACGACUUGGCCUCCAAGCUGAAUAUUGAUGCUUCCUUCCUGGCGGCUGAGAUGCAGCCAGGCAUGGGAAAGGGCGAGUACAUGUUUCAAUCCUCGGCAUGGAGAGACGGCGAAGUUGCUGGCUUGUCUGGCUGUGCUUGCUGUCCGGGCUUCGAUGACGCGCUCAGCUUGGCUGUGAAGACGGCCUUGCGGGAAGGUGCAGACAGGGGCCUGUUGGAUUACUUGCUCUUGGAGACAAGUGGAGCGGCCGACCCUCGCCAAAUUGUGGCGGCCUUGGAGGUACGCUUUGGGCCGCUGGCACGAGCCAGACUGGAUCGGGUGGUAACCGUGGUGGACGCAGAGCGUGUUCUUUCCGAAGGACAGCAUUGGCUGGACCAAGCAACCCAGGCAUCUGCAUCCGUCACCCGGCGGGAUGAGUUUCAACUGCAGCUCGCUCAGCUUUCAGUUGCGGACGUCAUUCUGCUGAACAAGGUGGAUCUUUGCAAAGAGUCGGGGAAGGCAUUGGAGCUGCUUCAACGGCUUUGCCCACAGGCGAAGGUCCUUAGCUGCUGCUAUGGCGAUGUGCCCGUGCCAGAGCUGCUGGAUGUGGUGCCAGCACCUCCAUCUGCCAGCACAACUGUGUCCCAUGAGGACAUCCCGUCCUGCUGGCAGGUCUCGACCAGCCUGGAAUCCUCCAGGGAAAGUCGAACGGCACAGCUGCCCGGAGGUCCAGCAAAGCUUCAUCACCGCGUGCUAGAAUGGUCAACUCACGGUGAAAACAAGCCAGUGCAGCUCGGCAGGCUCCAGCACAUGCUCUGCGUGCACAUCCCACGUGUGAGGCAAUGGCUUCGGAGAGCAAAAGGCGUGUUAUGGGUUGCAGAAGACCCCCGUGCAAAGUGGGAAUGGGAAUUGAGCGGACAACUUCGCUACAGUUGUCGACGUACACCCAGUGGCUUUGGUGGCGCUCAGGCUUUCAGCAGCCUUGUCCUGAUAUUCGCUCAUGGUGUGCCAGAUGUCGACCUCCUUGAAAUGCAAAAGGUGCUUGAUGACCUGACGGCGCAUCCCCCACAAAUGUCCUUGCAAAAGGAUAUUCUGCAACCGUUGAUGGACGGGAGCCCGGAUUUCGAGAUCCUUGACACACCAAGCGACCAGCCAGACGGCUGCAUGCGAUUUCGGCUCACAGGCCGAAAAUAUUUUCAUCUGAGCAACGAUACCGAUCUUUCAGAACCGCCCUACCGUAUCGACCUUGACACGCUGAACAGGGACCUCGCUCAACUAGUGAGUGCCGAGAAGGGUGGCAUCUUCUUGGCAACCGGAGAGGGCAUUUGCAAAGACAGAGGCCAAAGAGUUUUGGCUUUGCUGUGGCCUUUGGCCUGCUGGAAGCACCCAGAAGGUGUGCCGACGCCGCUGCAGGUCGUCCUAGCUGCAGCAAGGGCAGUUGCUCCGGUGCUCUUGCAGCAGUAUUUUGGACACGUGACAAGCUGUCAUUGCGGCCAAUGA